AUGGAUAGCCGGGCCCCGGGUGACGCCUCUUCCUCUGCUGCUCCCCAGCAUGAAGACCCCGACGACCCCGCCCCGAGUCCUCCUCUGCCGUCCGCAACGUCUGCAGCAACCUUCGACACUGCUGAUGACAUUCCGGCGCCCUCAGCGAGUCCCGCGCCAACUCGCGCUGCUCAGAGAAUACAGCCGAGACGAGCCAUCACCGAUCCCAUGGGCAGUAAGGGCACCCUCGACGGCGGCCACGUCCGCUUCUCGGAUGAUGUGCCGCGUGAAUCCAUGCGUAGCUUCGACCCGGCGGGCUCGCAUCCCGAUCCAAGCAGUCAUCAUGGUCUUUACACCAUCCCGUCAAGGGGGGACUUGGAAAGCCACAUCUUGCCAGAGCCGUCGACGUCGCGCGCCCACCUGAGCAGUGACCAGAGCUCUGUGCAACAUUCAGAAGAGCUCAAGUAUCCCAUUCAUCGACCAGAGCCAGGGAAGCGCGCAAAAUGGCUUGUUGCGAAGGAGACGCUACCUGAGCAGCUGAAGAAGGCGUACAAUGUGUAUGUCGUGCAGGGCUUGUUGCGACAGAAGCCGCUUCCACCGAGCGCAGAUGGCAGGCAUAUUCCUCUGAACACGGCGAAAAAACGAGACGAGGCUCUCAUCGAUGAGCGUACUAGGAAACCGUACAUCAGCAACUUCAUUCGAUCCAGUCGCUACACGAUAUUGAGCUUCUUGCCGAAACAGCUUUUUUCACAGUUUAGUAAGAUGGGCAACUUCUACUUCCUCGUCGUCGGUAUUAUUCAAGCAAUCCCCGGCUUGAGCACCACUGGACAAUGGACAACGAUAGGGCCCCUUCUCGCCUUUGUUUCCCUGUCGAUGGCGAAAGAGGGCUAUGACGACUACCGGCGAUAUCUGCUUGCAAAGACUGAGAAUUUGAGUCGAACGCUGGUUCUGGGAGAAAGAUCUAAGAAAGCAACUGCCAGCAUGAAGAGGCACAGCAAGGCAGAGGAUGCAGAGGCGUCGUUCAAAAAGAACUCGGAUAAUGGUUGGACUGAAACCGAAUGGCAGGAUCUCAAGGUCGGCGAUGUUAUCAAGCUCGGACGAGACGAUGAUGUUCCUGCUGACGUUGUACUGUUGAGCGCGUCCGGGCCCAACAGCACGGCAUACAUCGAAACGAUGGCUUUGGACGGAGAGACAAAUCUCAAGGCGAAGAGAGCGUCUCCACUUCUUGCAGAGAGCUGUUCAACUGUGGAAGGGAUCAAGUCAUGUGAGGCCAUGAUUGUUUCCGAGGACCCCAACCUCGACCUUUACAGAUAUGAUGGUCGCGUGACCGUCAAAGAGGAGACGCUGCCUCUGUCGCUGGACAACGUCAUCUACCGUGGAUCGACUGUGCGUAACACGACCGAGGCGAUUGGCAUCGUCAUCAAUUCCGGCGAAGAGUGCAAAAUCAGAAUGAACGCCCACAAGCAUGUUCGAACCAAGGCGCCAGCAAUGCAGCGAGUACUGAACAGAAUCGUGAUUUGGCUCAUUUUUGUGCUUCUCUGCCUGAGUAGCGGUCUUACUCUUGGCUACAGCCUCUGGAAAGAAGAGACCGAAAGGAAAUCGUGGUAUUUCCAUGGAGACACGUUGACGCUUAGGAAGAUCUUCAUUGCCUAUGUUCUCAUGUUUAACACACUGAUUCCACUAUCGCUCUACAUCAGCUUGGAGAUCAUCAAGAUCAUACAAUUCUACAUGAUGGGAGAUGUCGAGAUGUACGACCCCGUUACCAACACACCAAUGGUUGCGAAUACGACGACGAUUCUCGAGGAUCUUGGUCAAGUAAAUUACGUCUUCUCGGACAAGACCGGUACCUUGACAGAAAACAUCAUGCGUUUCCGCAAAAUGAGUGUCGCUGGCACCGCCUGGUUGCACGACAUGGACAUCGAGAGAGACGAGCAGGCCAAGCAAAAGUUGAUCGAGUCGGCUCGCAAGAAGCGAAAAGGCAAGGGUAAAGACCGGAAGAAGACCGCCGAUCAACCCGACGACGGCGCGUCGCAGCCCUUGUCAGCUAGAGGCCGGCCCUCCGUCAGCUCAUUUGCGCGCGGGAGAUCUAUCAGCAGGGCUCCAGAGUCAGAUCCUGAGCUCAAGACUGAGGAUCUGCUAGAAUACUUACGACGAAAGCCAGACACUGCUUUUUCGAAAAAGGCAAAGCAGUUCCUUCUUUGCAUCGCCCUCUGCCACACUUGUCUCCCUGAGACCUCGGACAACGGCGAAAUCGAGUACCAAGCUGCUUCUCCAGAUGAGCUCGCGCUUGUAGAAGCUGCGCGUGACCUGGGGUACAUCGUCAUUGAUCGGCCGGCGCAAUCGAUCCAUCUCCAAUUGCCAGAUGCCAACGGGUCGAUUGUCAAAGAGACGUACCAGGUUCUCGACGUGAUUGAGUUCAGCAGUCAGCGAAAGAGAAUGUCAAUCAUCAUCCGCAUGCCAGAUGGCAGAGUCUGCGUGUUCUGCAAAGGCGCCGAUAACGUCAUCUUGCCUCGUCUAAAGCUGAGCGGGCUUGCCAGUCAAAAGGCGGAUGCCGUCCAGCGGAGAGCCUCGAUCCGAAGGAGUGUUGAGAAGGAAAAGGCUCACCAGCGCAUGAGCAAUGGCGGCACGCCCCGUAGCAGCAUGAUGCUUGCACGAACGUCCGUGUCGGGCCGUCGCAGUUUAGCGAUGAGGCGUGAAAGUAUGAGAAAUUCUGGAGAUUUACACCGACGAGGAAGCGCCGUUACUGACGACACCGAAAUGUGGUCUCCGCAAAGAGUUUCACACGACGUCCUGUCGCCAAUGAGUCCUCAGGAAAUCUGGCCCUCUCCACGGCCCAGCAUGGCCAUGAGCGAGAGUGAGAUUGAUGACUUCAUUGAUGAGUCAGUCGCGCUUAAUGAGGGCGCAGUCUUUGAGAGGUGUUUCCAACAUAUGAACGACUUCGCAUCGGAUGGUCUGCGAACUCUGCUCUACGGAUACCGCUACAUCCCAGAAGAUGAUUAUAUCUCGUGGAAGAAGCUCUACCAGGAUGCUACAACUAGCCUAGACAAUAGGCAAGAGAAGAUCGAAGCCGCUGGUGAGCUGAUUGAAGACAAAUUCGAUCUCGCUGGUGCAACAGCCAUCGAAGAUCGCCUGCAAGAAGGUGUGCCCGAAACCAUAGAAAAGCUUCGUCGAGCCGAGAUCAAAGUCUGGAUGCUCACUGGAGACAAGCGGGAGACCGCCAUCAACAUCGGACACUCCGCCGGCCUCUGCAAGCCCUUCUCGGAAGUCUUCAUCCUGGACGCUUCAAUGGGCAAUCUCCAGGACUCCAUCCUAUCCACUCUCGGUGAGGUCUCUAGAGGUAUGCUUCCUCACACGGUCGUGGUUGUCGACGGUCAGACCUUGGGCACCAUCGAGGACGAUGAGGACCUGAGUUUCCUUUUUUUCGACCUUGCGGUUAGAGUUGAUUCCGUCAUUUGUUGCCGUGCCUCCCCAUCUCAGAAAGCUACCCUUGUCAAGCGUAUUCGCCGACAAGUACCGCAUUCUCUGACUUUGGCCAUUGGAGACGGCGCAAACGACAUCGGUAUGAUCCAAGCCUCCCAUGUCGGCAUCGGUAUUUCUGGCCGCGAGGGUCUGCAGGCCGCCCGCAUCUCUGACUACGCCAUCGCUCAAUUCCGUUUCUUGCAGCGCCUUCUUUUCGUCCACGGUCGUUGGAACUAUCUGCGAACUGGCAAAUACAUCCUGGCCACCUUUUGGAAGGAGAUAGUGUUUUUCCUCCCACAAGCCUACUAUCAACGUUACAACGGACACAGUGGAACCUCUCUGUAUGAACCUACGAGCUUGGCAGUGUUUAAUACGCUUUUCACUUCCCUCGCAGUCAUCCUUCUGGGUGGUUUAGAAAAGGAUUUGCAAGCGAAGACCCUUCUGGAGUAUCCUGAGCUUUACACCUACGGCCAUAGAAACAGCGCCUUCAACGUCAGGCUUUACAUCGGAUGGACGAUCAUGGGCUUAAUUGAAUCGGCAAUCAUCUACUGGGUGAUGUUUGCCGUGUACGAAAAGUUGCCUUUCGAUCUGAAUAACGGCCUCUACGCCAUGGGAACUGUGCCGUUCACCGUCUGCGUAGUGUUCAUCAACAUCAAGCUGCUGAUCCUUGAAAUGGAGAACAAGACCCUGAUAAUUCUGGCUGGCUUUCUGCUCUCAGUUGGCGGCUGGUUUCUGUGGUGUAUCCUCCUGUCCGUUAUCCACAAAGCUCGGUCUGGGAUUUACUUUGUGCACAGAGAAUUUCUCGACAACUUCGGCAAUACGCUCAACUUCUGGGCGGUGCUCUUCAUCAUCCUCUCAGCAGUUAUUGUGUUUGAACUGCUUUUCAAUGCUAUACGACGCGUCUACUUUCCACAAGAUGUGGACUUCAUGCAGCGACUUGAAAGGAAUGGUAGGAAAGGGAAAGGUGGGGUGGAAACAGAGGAUGAAGCAACAAUUUUGGAAGCCAUCGGGCACAAGCAUGAUUCGAGCGAUGGCCAGGGCGGCCACACCAACACAGAAGGUGUGCCCAGAAAGAGCCACCACUCCGGCCGGCCAUCACAUCACACGAUCCGCAUGUCGCGCAAGUCAAGAGACGAGACCGCAGCACGGGCUUUCACGCCCCCUAUUGAAGAAACCAGCGGUAGUUUAGAGCAGGUGGCAGGUGGAUCAAGGCAGUCGAAAAAACCAGUGCUCUCUGUUGCGACAAAGUGGCUAGGUAACACAAAAGGCGGUCGUUCUGCUAGCCCCAUUGAGCUGCGGUCAACCGGGCACAAGCAAGCAUGA